CAACUACCAUACAUUGGCCACCAUGGCAUCGCAAUCUCGGCAUAGGAAUACUGCAGCAUCCCACCUUGCAACCCCUCCAGAAUCUCAAGACUAUGAACUUGUAUCCCGAUCGGUGUCGCAGUCAAACCCGUCAUCAACCCCAAGCACCCAGCCAAAGAAAAAGAAUAAGAAAGACAAACCAUGGAAGCAACAACGUCUUCCUGCCUGGUUUCCCAUUCUCACUCCAACACUUGUCGCAAUUCCUUUGAUUGUGACAGCGCUCAUCUUCAUUCCAAUUGGUGCCUGGAUAUAUCAUACAGAAUCACAAGUCGGUGAAGUUAUUUUCGACUAUACAGACUGCUCAGAGUUGGCUGCGCCCACAUUUGCUCCUCCGCCACAAGGGUCCAAAUAUCAACACGUUAGUGCAUGGCAAUACGACCCGACGACGAAAAAAUGCAGCCUCCAACUGAACCUUACGUGGUCGUUACCACCUCCGGUUUUCCUUUACGUGCGUCUCACGAACUUUUAUCAAAAUCACCGACUGUACACUAAAUCCGUCUCCGCGGAUCAACUUAAUGGCAAGGUCUACAUGGAUGCCAAAGACAUUCCGGGUGACUGCUCCUGGUUGCGCUAUGCGAAUUGUGACAGGGCCCGGCAGGAGAACUCGUGGAGUGGUUCAGGGAAUAUGGCUGACAUGAACCCAGAUUGCCGGACAGCUGUAGCGGAUAGAGCUGAAGUGAUUAAGAAUGCGACAUGGGGUGCACAGUAUUAUCCAUGCGGAUUGGUCGCCAAUUCAAUGUUUUCUGACGAUAUUUCCGCACUUACCUGUAUUAGUACUCCAGAUGCCCCAUCGUGUCCCGUUGGGACAUACAUCUUCUCUGAGCGCAACAUUGCGUGGGAAGAAGAUAGAUGGCUGUACAACCCCAGUUCAUGGUUUACAACCCCAUCCCUUGCCUCUGAUGUUCCCACAAAUGUUAUCCCACCUCCUGCCUGGCGAAGCGCAUUUCCCGCCUACAAAAAUGGUUACAACUCAAGUAAUUACCCUGACAUAAAAACUUGGGAAAGAUUUCAAGUCUGGAUGCGUAAGGCCGGGUUCCCAACGUUCCGGAAACUCUGGGGGCGGAACGACGAAAUGGCGUUAAAUCGUGGGGUGUGGCAAGUUGAUAUUGUUGAUUCAUUUGAGGUCAAGAGGUUUGAUGGGACCAAGUCGUUCGUUGUAUCUACUCUGGGUCCUUUGGGCUCUAGAGGUGGAUUCGCUGGAAUCGCAUACCUUGUUGUAGGUGGGUUGGCAGCCCUAUCUGCGUUCUUGGUAUUUGUUGUCAGAGUCAGGAAAUUGGGUGACGAAAGCUAUCUCUCAUGGAAUAACCCACCCAAGAGCGAAUGAUCGUCGUUCUUUGACUUUGUUGAUGAACAAAUGGAUGAUGUAUAUAGACAAUUUAUCAGUUUUUGGUACUGGUGCUGAGAUAGGAAACCUUUACAUUCAAUACAACCUGUGUAAAUUGACCUCAAUAUCUUACGCGAUGACAUCACUCACUGAGGACA